UUUAAGGACUCUCGGGGGCCGCAUACCUCAUAGUCUGGGCAUUGCGGGGCCCCUUGGUGCCCCAGCUGCCCUUCCAACUGUCCUUUCUAUCUGGUUAAUUAAUGCCUGGCUGGCCUGCUCAAUCAGAUCUCAUCCGUAAUCUGCGGUCCGUGCUUCCUACGGAUCCAACCCACCGGCAUGUAUAAGAGCUGCGCACGGGACGCCCUUCGGCAUACAGUCCCACCCGCACCUUCACCAUUACCCAACUUGCAGACACAACCAUGGCGACCGCUAGCACGAUGAAAGCUGUCUACUACCACAAGCCGCGUGACUUCGAAGUCCGCGAGGUCCCGAUCCCCCAGAUAAAUGACGACGAGGUGUUGCUGAAAGUCAAAGCGUGCGGCGUGUGCGGCACCGACCAGCAUGUCCACAACGGAGAGUUUAUCACAACGUUCCCCCUCAUUCCAGGACAUGAGAUCGUAGGCGAGAUCGUCCAAGUGGGCAAGAACGUUGCCGGGUUUGAGAAGGGAGACCGUGUGGUUGGGGACCCUAGCGUGCUGUGCGGUGCUUGCUUCUACUGCCGCAGAGGAGAGGCUCUCCUGUGCGAGAACUACAAGGGUGUUGGUGUGAGCCUCCACGGAGGAUUCACCGAAUACGUUGUCUUUGACGGGAAGAAACUUUACAAGAUCCAUAACCUCACUGACGAGGAAGCUACUCUUAUCGAGCCCGCGGCCUGCGCGGUGCACGGGAUGGACAAACUCGACGCACCUGUGGGCGUGGAAGCGCUGAUCAUCGGCUCGGGCCCUACAGGCCUCAUCCUCGCUCAGCUGCUGAAGCUCAACGGCGCGAUGCGGGUCGUCAUCGCCGCGAACAAGGGCAUCAAGAUGGACAUCGCGAAGCAGCUCGAGGCAGGUGACGAGUACAUCGAGCUAGACCGGGAGAACCCAGACGCCCAAUGGGAGGAACUGAAGAAGAAGAACCCCUAUGGCUUCGACGUCGUGGUUGAGGCCACUGGCUCAGAGAAGAUUGCGAACCAGGCCAUCCACUACGUUCGCAGAGGAGGCACGCUGAUGGUGUACGGGGUGUACGACAACGCCGCGCAGGUCCACUGGCCCCCGGCAAAGAUCUUCGUCGAUGAGAUCAGGAUCAUCGGGUCUUUUGCUCAGACGUUCUGCUUCCCGCGGGCCGUCGCGUAUCUUGACAGCGGCAAGAUUAAAGUCAAAGGACUCGUCACUGACGUCUAUCCCGUUGCCGAGUUCGAAAAGGUGCUGGAGAAGAUGCGUAGCAAGACGGCAGUCAAGAUUGCCGUCAAGCCUUAAGCCAGUACUUGCGGCCCGUGGACGGAGAAGCGUUACGGGCAGCGCUGCGCAAGUAAUAUCCGGCAUUCCCGGAGUAUGAACGUAGGCACGCGGCCGCACCAAAUGAUAAUGCAAUACAGCGGCUCUUCCCCGGGUCUGUUAUAAACGGC